UGCUAAGUCAAAUGUUACAAAGCCUCAUCUAGUGAGCUGCAGUCAGACGGUAACAAUUAUGCGCACGAAGGAUACGGACAAUUUCAAUGAAAAAAUCCAAGGUGCACCAUCCACGUUUGGGGAUCGUUCAAGCCUCUCUGAUUCCGCUGGAAGUUCAUCACCAGCUCGAUCUAAGAAACUGAAAGCUUCAGAAAAGACCAUGCACAGAAAACUCGAAGGAAAACUGGAUAGUCCAAAGGUCUCGAAAACCUUGGAAAUUCACGAGGUUUGCUCCAACAUUCAGUAUUCCAAGCACCAAGAAUUCAAUAGACACCAAACACACAAUCGAGUAAAACCAAAGUUUGACAAGUCACCAAAGCAAUAUCCUAUUUGUGCCGGCGAUGCAGCAUCUUUGGAAGAAGCUAAGAUAGGCAAAAAUGAGGAAUGUUCAAGUCAAUCUGACUCCGAGGUGUCUAUUUUAUAUCGUAGGGGCACCGUCAACGAAAGAAGGCAAAGACAACAGAUGAAUCGCAAAGGAAGUACUGUGCAGAUUUUUAGAAAGAACGAGUCAUUUCGGGAGGAACUCAGCUCCUCUGAUAAAGAAUACGGCGAGUCGGGUGAAGAGGAUUCUGUCGCCGCAGCCACCGCCCCCAAUCCUCCGACGGCUACAUGGUCAUCAGAUCAGCGUGAUUAUCGGCGCAGAUUAGAUGAUGAACUUGCGGUGUACAAACAGAAGCUUGCUUCUUAUCAGGAGGGUCAGCAAAAGCAAUCCGAUCUGGUUCAACGCUUACAGGCAAAAGUCAUCCAAUACAAAGAGAAGUGUCGCACGCUUGAGUUGAAAUUGCAGCUGGCCGAAGCGGAAAACCAAACUAGAAAAGCCGGGAUGGAAGAGAACACGGCUGAGUACGAAGCAACGUUGCAACGGCUAGACGAAGAGCAACAAAGGGCUUCAACUCUGGUCAGUGUGAACAAUAUGCUACGCGAACAAUUAGAUCAGACGACUCAGGCAAACCAAAAUUUAUCCUGUGAAAACCGGCGCAUUCGUGAUGAGGCGUCAAGGUUCAAGGAGAUUCUCGAAAGGCGUGAGGCAGAAUGGCGCGAUGAGGAGGCGGCAUUCAAUGAAUACUUCACAACGGAGCACGGACGCCUUCUAACACUGUGGCGCGCGGUCGUGGCCUGUCGUCGCCAAUUCGUCGAUGUUAAAGGACAAGUUGAACGUGAAAUCAGUUCGGCUCGGGCCGAUGUAAAUCGAAUUGCCCGUGCCAGCCAAGCGGCUUUCGAGAACUUUGCUGCAAACGUAAAGAAUACUGAAGCACAGCAACAGACUUAUCUAGAAUCAGAGCGUAAUGAGAAGAAAAAUCUCGAACGUCAAAUGGAUCAGCUCAAACAAGCCCACGAAAAAACACGGCAGCAAAUGGAUCAGGAUAUAAAAUCAUUAACGAAACGAUUAAACGAGGCAAUUUCAGAGAUGGAAGAUACUAAGCAUCAGCUUGCUGACAAAGAACGAACGUUGGCUUGUUUGCAACGGCUACGAACAGGACAAAGUCUGUGCAACAAGAGGGAGGGCUCUGAUAUUAUCGACCCGAAUUCACGUGCAUUGGUCGAAGAACUACAGUCAAUGCAACAGGCUAUUCGUGAACUUUCUCAAUCCGUGAUGAAUGAUGAUGCUGCGGUUGGUAGAGAUUGUCACCGCUCACGGUCACGGUCACCUUGCUACGCCUCCGUUCCGGCAGCAAUGCAGCCGUGCGGUGGAAUUUCUCGAGCAGGGGCAUAUGGACGGACAGGUUCGCCUCCGCCUCCUGUCAAUGUGACAAGCGGUUGCUACUGGGGUGACUCAACGUUGAGCGCCAUCCAGGCUGCCAUGAACAAAAGAGGGAUGCAGCUGGCCGAUCUUAGCAAUAAACUCGGUAGCCUAAGGGAACAGCAUGAAGCUGUGAGGGCACGACUGGAAGUAUGUGAGGGUGAAAAGCUUGGUUUAGAGGAACAGCUCCUUAGCCUGAAGACUGAUAUUAACAGCGAGAAACAGGAACGAGUGGAAGCUGAAAAAGAGCUACAGCGUUGUAAAGCGCAACUUCAAGCGAUGACAAACCAAAAAACAGAACUGGAAAAGAUACGACAGCAAACGACGGAGCAGGCAACCAGCUUACGCAGUGAACUUGAAAAGUCAAAAGAAGCUCAAAGAGAAUUACAAUUGAAGAGAGAAAAAAUGGAAGAAGAGCUCACUGAUUUGCGUAUGGAUGCGGAAAAGAAUGCAAAGGAGGCGGAGCGACGUCAACGGUGCAUCGAAGGCCUAGAAGAGCGGCUGGCCGCUGCAAAAGAGGAGACUUCAGCUCUGAGGGAAAGCUUGCAGUGUGUCAGACUGGAGGCGGAAAUCAAAGCAACAGAGCGCGCCGACUUACAGGAGGCAUUUAGCAAGAGUGAAGCGAAACGUGCGGAACUUGAAGGGGAGUUAGCACAUUUGCGCGCUGAACAGGAACUUAUGCAAGACAGAAUCAGUAAACAGCAGGCCAGAAUCGAAGAGAUACAGAGCAAGCGACAAGCUGCGCAAGCCCAAUUACGCAGCUUGGAAGCCGAACAUACCCAACUGGACGCAGAACUUCGCAGUGUAGAAGCCGAACGAAUUUCGCUUCGAGAUCGUGUAAUCGAUUUGGAAUCGCUGAAGAAUGAAUUGCUUUCGGAAAAGAACAGACUCACACAAUCCCUUACAUUAUCCGAAGCCGCCAGAGAACGACUGGAAGAGGGAGUUUCGGUACUGAAUCGAGAGAAGAUCGAUCUAACAGAACAACUCAACGCUGUGACUCGACACAAGAAUGGCCUGACGAGUGAGUUGGCUCAAAAAUGUCGUGAUAUUGAUCGUUUGCGUGAGGUGAUCGCCAAGGUUAACAAUGAAAAAGAGGAACUGACCCGUGAAAAAGGAGACCUUACUACGCAGCUCCGAGGACUAGAGCGUACUUACUCGCAAACCUGUGAUCAUCUAGCCGCAGUAAAGAAAGAAUGUCAAACUCUUGAAACUGAUUGCUAUCAGGCAAAACAACGGAUUGAACAACUGGAGACACAAAAAGAGCUACUGGAAAGUGGAAACCAGGAGCUUAUUGCCAAGCGGGAUAGUCUUUUGGGCGAAAUCAAACGCAUUCAGGCUGAUGCUGAACAGGACCUCGCACGACUCUCCCAAGCACGUGAACAAACUGUGCAAAAGUGCCAGCGCCGCGAGCACGAGUUACAGGUCGCUCUGCAAGCAGCUAGGGAAGCAGGUGAAAACGAGGCCAAUGCACUCAGACACCAGAUAAUCGAGGUCAGAGAAGCGGCAGACAAACAACUUCGAGAGCUGGCCGAUUCGCACAAAGAGGAGUGUCAAAAAGCGAAAAAGGAGUUUCUGCGUGAGAAAGAGGCACAUGCAGUGGAGAUAUCCACACUACAGCGAGAACACGAUGAGACAGCAUUGGCUUUCGAAGCCGAAAAGCAAGCUAUGCUCUCAGGAUUUGAGCAGGAACGUGCUGCAUUCAGUGAGAGGAUUUCUGCGGCCCAAGCUCAACAAAAAUCUGUGGAAGGUGAAAUCUCUCGGGUCAAACGGGAGGCACAAGCCAGACAAGAGAGGGACGAAGCUGCUAGAAACGAACUGGCGCAAGAAUUAAAGGAUUUCCACAGACAUUUCGAAGAGACUUGUACUUUCCAUGAGCAGACCACAGGCGAGCUUCAAGCUAAAAUCGUCGGGCUUAAUGGCCAGUGUGAAGAGGCGCUGAAAAAUAACGAAGAGUUGCAAAUGAAACUCAGGCUGCUUGACGAAGCUCGAGAUAACGUGCAGCGCACUCUGUCCGAAACCACUCGACGAUUGCACGAUGCAGACGCGGUACGAGAAACCCUAAGGAAAGAAAUAGUCGAUCUACGCCGGACUAUUGCCGAAGUGCAGGGUGAAAGGGACAACCUUGAGGAAGCAAAGGAAAAUUUGGCAAAACGUGUGCGCGCUCUGGAGCUAGAAAAGACGGAUAAUUUACGGGCAUUGAAUGCUGAGAAACAGCAAGUUGCUGCUCUGGAAGAACAGAAAUGCUCCAAUCACAAAGAGAUUACUGAACUCAAGGCGGGUUUGCGUUCCAGUGAGAAAACGCGUCUAGAGAUACGCCGUGAUCUUCAGGAAGCGCGGCGUCAACUGAAGGACAUCAACGCUGAAAAAGAGCGUCUGGCAAAAGACCUCACCGAAAUUCAGGCCCGAAUCGGAAAAGAGGAAGAGAAAUGUGCGGAACUCAGAUCAGAGAAUGCUAAACUGAAGCAGAGAAUAAAUGAAUUGGACGCUUCUAGAGCUACUUUGCGAAAAGAAGUUGCCAGCGCGGAACGCCGCGUCAUCGACCUACAAGGCACACUAACCAGUCGAGAAAAGGAGUUCAAACAAGCCUUGGACCAUGCGACUUGUGAACAAAGUCGUCUGACUGAAGCACGCAAUCAACUUCAGAGUGGGAUUGAGGCAGUGAAUGCUGACGUUGCCGAACUUCGACUCACACUCAACGAUGCUGAUACCAAGAUACUCACUCUAGAAUCGAGUCUAUCCCGCAGUGAAGAGGUACGCAGAGAGCUGGAACAGAAACUUGGAUCCAUUCACAGCUCUUUACGACGGCUGCUGGGAUAUCGUCAGGGUCGUCGUUCAACAGCAGUAGGACGCCGUGCAGUUUCCAAGUCUCCAGCCAGGUUCUUACCAAUCCGAGGAAGUCCGACAGGCAGUCGAAAUGCUUCACCAGAACUCUGUCCGGAUGCGGACAAACGAUGUGGACGGGACCCUGGAGACUGUGGAAUACCAGCAGCAUCUGACCUUGAUCCGGAAUGUGUGCGUUUGGCCUUGCACGAAUUUCUCCAGCGUCACACUGCCGUCAAGCGAGAUCUGGAGGAUGCAUAUGCCCAAAUUCAGUCACUUCAGGCGCGCUUACAAGAGCAAUCUGAGCAGACGGAAGGAUGGGCACGUCGUCUGCAUCAGGUUCAACAAGCUUUGUGCGAAGCUGAAGCAGGUCGACGAGGUGUGGAUGGACAACUGUCUAGUACACAGACUGCAUUGAUGUUACAAGAAGAGGCACUUCGCAAGAAUGAACGAGAUAGGAAGUUGCUUGGCGAUAAGAUCAGCCAACUGGAACGACAGCUGGCAGCAUCGGAGUCUGAAAAACGUGAAGAACAGGAGAAGUUGGAAAAGAUGCGUCAAGCGGAGACAAGACUAGAAGAAGAACUUCGACUGAGUCGUUGUGCGCUCGAAGAAGCUGAAAACAGAAUAACCCAGCUUGAAGUGGCCCGACGUUCUUUGGAAGGGGAACUUCAACGGUCAAAACUUUGUGUCACUGACAGGGAAACCGAGAAUAAUAUACUUCAGGACAGGAUCGACAGUCUUUGCAAGCAAAUACAAGAUUUGGAAUCGAAAUCCCAGUCAUUGCAAAUGACAAUAGACCGGUUAAGCAGUGCCCUGUCUAAAUCGGAGGAGCUGGGAAAUGUGAACAAAGACAAAAUUCAUCAGCUUAAUCUGAACCUUGCCGAACGUGUGCAGACAAUUGAAGAAUUGCAGAAUAGACUCCAAGACUUGCAGAAAUCCAUGGCCAAUUGCGAUCAAGAUCGCCGGAUUGUGCAGGAACGACUGGAAAACGUAAAAUCACUGCUACAGGAACAGAAACAGCAAAAUCAGCAGCUUUUGGAGCGAAUUCAAACUUUACAGGCAGAAAUAAAUGAAGGAGAGGCCAAACGUUCUGGACUGGAAAGCCAAAUAAGGAAGUUAAAUAACACCCUGAACAACCGUCAGCAGUCCGAGCAAGACACGAAUAAACAGCUUCAACUGGCUGUCAGUGAACGACAGGAACUCCAGGAGCGAGUAUCCAGUCUGCAACGUGCGCUUUAUGAAGCUGAAGCAGAACGCGAGCAGCUUGCAAAGUCCAGUACUAAUCUGGAAAAGGACCGUCAGAAAUUGCGCCGUAACUUGGAGAAGGUGGAGCGGGAGAAGCUGCACCACGAGGAAAUUUUGAAUAAGGGAAAUGUCGAUAGGACAGGAUUAGAACUUACUCUUCGCCGACUUGAAGAGGAAAACACCGAUCAGAAAAGACAAGUGCAAUAUUUACAGACGAGGCUAACAGAGCUCGAGCACUUGCAUGCGAAGCGACUGACAGACGUGGCGAACCGACACCGAGAAGAAACGGAGAGAGAGAUGCAACGACUGAAAAGCAGUCAAGCCCAAGCUGAAAGGGCGCUUGAGGCACGUGAACGAGCCCAUCGUCAGCGUGUGCGCUCACUGGAGGAACAGAUGGCCGCUGUAAAAGAGCAAUUGGCAUGUGAACAGAGGAAGCGACAGCAAACACUUUCCGCUAAACCCGGACGGUUCAACGAAAUCCCCUCUCGUCACUUGUUGGAAGUCGGUGAUGCAGUGUCACAGGGAACUUCCGCAACAGGCGCCGACAUGCGUCCGCAUGUCUGUCCAGGAGCAGAGAAACGUCAAUGUCGCAUUCCCAAAAAAUGAGCCUAUCUUAUAAGAAUACAACAUUUUCACUAUCAGGGUGCACAAGCAGGAAACGGACAAUAGUCUCUAGGUUUCGCAUUUUCUUGUCUAUUUGCACGAUUCGCCAUUACCCGGCUUAGGUUUCCUUGAAAAUGCUCCAUUUUCUGAACACAAGUGGAACACAGCUUAUCCCAAUAAUUUUACCCUAGAUUUUACUGAUUCGCCUAGAUUUAUAUACCAAGUGUGAGCACGUAAUUUUGCUGACCUCCUAUCCCACUGUAAUUAUUCAAUGUCACUUGGUCAGAGGCUGUGCAUCAGCGUAAAAUAGAUUGCGAUGCCUUUCCCCACUUUUGACCUGACGGUUUCACACCUGACCGAAAACUGGGAACUAAAUAUAAAGAGAAUGGA